UCGCGCCCCCUUUCCUCCUCCUCCUCCUCCUCCCCGUCCUCGUCCGGGCCCGGCGGGGGGCGGAGGCCUUGCGCCUGCGCGGAGCCGGCAGUCCGGCAGGGCCGCAGCCGCGGGGUGGCCGGCGGUUGCCGUGGGCACCGCGGCCCCUCCCUCCUCCGGUCCCCGGCCCCACGCCGUUCCCACCGAGACGCGGAGGACGACCCCGACCCUCCCCUCCCGCCGGCCCGGCCCGAACUGCAGCCGGUGACCGGGCGAGAGGCGGUGCCGCUCCCAAGAUGUCGCAGACGGCCAUGUCCGAAACCUAUGAUUUUUUGUUUAAGUUCUUGGUUAUUGGAAAUGCAGGAACUGGCAAGUCUUGCUUGCUUCAUCAGUUUAUAGAAAAAAAAUUCAAAGAUGACUCAAAUCAUACAAUAGGAGUGGAAUUUGGUUCAAAGAUAAUAAAUGUUGGUGGUAAAUAUGUAAAGUUACAGAUAUGGGAUACAGCAGGCCAAGAACGAUUCAGGUCUGUGACGAGAAGUUAUUACAGAGGUGCUGCGGGAGCGCUCCUCGUCUAUGACAUCACCAGCCGAGAAACCUACAAUGCGCUUACUAAUUGGUUAACAGAUGCCAGAAUGCUAGCGAGUCAGAACAUUGUGAUCAUCCUCUGUGGGAACAAGAAGGACCUGGAUGCAGAUCGUGAAGUUACUUUCUUAGAAGCUUCCAGAUUUGCUCAAGAAAAUGAGCUGAUGUUUUUGGAAACAAGUGCACUAACGGGGGAGAAUGUGGAAGAGGCCUUUGUACAGUGUGCGAGAAAAAUACUUAACAAAAUUGAAUCAGGUGAGCUGGACCCAGAAAGAAUGGGCUCUGGUAUUCAGUAUGGGGAUGCCGCCUUGAGACAGCUGCGGUCACCACGUCGCGCACAGGCCCCAAGCGCUCAGGAAUGUGGCUGUUAGGAGCAGCGCCGGAGUGUACAGGUGUUCAUACAGCGGUAUUUGGGACACAAUUGUCAGGCCUUGAAGAAGAAGUUUUUUACCACCAUCUUUUUCUACUUUAUACAGAAGUAGAUAUUUGUGCGAAGAAAAAUAAUUCGGCGUGUUAUGUAAGCUCACAGAUGUGGCACAGCAAAUCAUAUAAUAAU